CAAAGCGAAAAUGUAUUAAACAAAGUAAACAUUUUGAUUUGAACAUAUUGAACAGUAGGUACACACAUUAAAACAGUUGUAAAUUGGCCGGCAUUCCGUCGGUUGAAACCGUUACAGAACACACAACGUUCGGGCGACCUCGCAAUUAAUAUGUAGAACAGAAUUGGGAACAUGAACGCACGGACGACGUGACACAUUGCCCCGGCGCACUAACGAGGGCUGGGCGAAGCAAAUGUGAUAACAUGGAGGAGACUGGAACCAGAAGCGCAUCAGACACAGACGCGCGACGCACCAGGGUCGCAACUCGCAAGGCAGUGGCUUUGACGUGGACAGUCGUCAGCUAAUUAACAGACAACUGUGAAUACAAGGCUACAAGAUUACAUGAUCAUAAUGUAUAUUAGCCUAUAAUUGCCUGGUAUGCAACUUAUCUAUAAACGUAAUCGCCAAACUCAGUUGAAAAUGCAAUCAUAGUCUGCAAACCUUAGGAAAAAGUGACCUAAAGCGCCUUGAAGCACUUCCAAGAUAGCCCGCCACAGGAGUGCUCGAAAUUUUAGAGGAACUACAGAGACGUGCAUCAAUAGCUGUUGCACAUUUAAUCCAUUCUGUCUUAGCUUUGCUAAGCAUCAAGAACAAGCAUCAGCUGCACAUCUUCCGACGUAUGAAAUGCUAUCAGUUACCUAAAUCCGCAACAACGGCAUACCAUUUCACAAGUCCUUCUAGGAUGUUCUUGGACGGUCGGCGGCCAGGGAGCCGAGAGAGUCCAGUAUCCGGGUAUCCAGUCCCUGGGCAGCCACCAUUGUUUGUUGUCGGCCCCAGCUGGCCGGCCGCCGGAUGUGGCCCCUGGGGCAGACGUCAGCCGAGCCCUGCUGCCGUCCCGCGCUGCCCGCGCCGGCAGUCCGGCCGCGGUCGGCAGCCAGUCGGCGUCGUCUCCUCCCUCCGCCAUGGCCGCGCGCUGGAGCUGUGUCGGGGUGCUGCUGUCAGCCGCACUGGCGGCAUCGUGUGGCUGCGGCGUACUGCUGGAGCCGGAGCCGGAGCCGCGACCGGAGCCGCCACCCAGCGUGCCCGGCGCCAGCAUCAACGGCGUGUUCAGCAUCAUAUCGCUGGCCGUUCAGCGGGAGCUGCGGCCCGCCGUCAGCAAACUCGAGUCGCAGAUGGAGUCGAUGAACAGCCGCCAGAGUCUGCUCGAGUCGAUGGUCUCCGUGCUGACCACCCAGACCCUGAAAAACGGACAGAGUCAGAAGACCGAACAGCUAUCCAGCCAGCUGGCCAGUCAGCAGUCGCAGCUGAACGAGGUCAGGGCACAACUCAACGGGCUAGCCUCGGAGGAGCCCGCCACAGGCCCAUCCAACGAGGACACCAACCCGCGUGUGCAUUUUGGCGUCCGGCGUCCGGCAAUCAGCCUAACACGGAGACUCGGUUCACGGCUCGACAGCCUGUGGCCAGAAUUACUGGAUGACUCCAACAGCGAGCCCGAACAGGAGUCCGCUGAAGACACCUCAGCAGCGCCGGCACAUGACCACGCAGCGCUGUUCGGAAGCCUGGACUCCUUCUCCAACGUGCGAGGAGCCCGGUCGACGGACAGCCAGGGGACGGUCCAAAGGAGAUGCAGCGCUGACCGCCCUCCUGCCAGGGCAGCCCAGACCGCUGCGCGCGAUUGCAGUGACCUGCACGUCGGCUCCACAUCUGGAACCUACCUCCUUCAGCCCAGCAAUGACAGCAAACAGUCACCCGUCGAGGCGUACUGCGACAUGGACACUGCCGGAGGGAACUGGACUGUGAUCCAGCGACGGGCGGACAUCGAACCUCGGCAGGACUUCUACCUCGGAUGGACCGACUACAAGGAGGGAUUUGGUAAUGUAGCCCAGGAAUUCUGGUGGGGCCUAGAACACCUUUAUCAGCUAACGUCAUUAGGCCGACAGUACGAGCUCCGUAUUGAUCUCGAGGCAUUUGACGGUAAUCGAUCAUACGCUAUAUACCAAGGGUUCCGCAUCUCCUCUGAGGUGGACGGCUACAGACUGAGCGUCACCAACUACUCGGGAACUGCCGGGGACGGUCUGAUGGAGAACGUCAACUACCAGUUCUCCACUGAGGACCGCGACAGCGACCAUCUGUCCACGCUGAGCUGCGCCCGCGUGCACCGCGGCGCCUGGUGGCACGGCCAGUGGUGCGGGCUCAGCAACCUGAACGGACGGUACUCGAAGGCCAGCGGCGGCUCCCGCACCGGAAUCUGGUGGUUCCCGUGGAGGGCCAUGGAGUCGCUGAAGAAGACAGAGAUGAAAAUCAGGCCGACCUAAGGGAUCUUCACUCAAUGGUUAACACCAAAGCGGUGCAUGUCCGUGACACUCGCACUGUGCGGCAGUCACGGCCAUAAGCCCGAACACCGCAGUGUGUGCGUGUGUAGAUGCUUAGUGUUCAGUUCUGUAGAUUUGUGUCAGUGUCAUAUUAUAAAAACCUGUGUUUGGUGUAGUAAUAUGCUUGCAGUCUGCAUUGUGCGGGAAUGAAAUUUGCUUUUGCUCAACAUUCAUCUGUCAGAAGCACAUGACAGACCUUACGUUUUGUUAUGCUAUUACUGGUUGCUACUCAGUGUUCUAGGUAUGCUUCGCAAAAACUUACUUGUUUAUACUAAUUAACAUUGAUACUUGGCACUCACGGUGUCUUGCAGAAAACUCGUGUCUAAAAAGAUCAACGAAUUGUAAUGGGCACAGGCAUGUAUCUUGCAUAUUGUAAAAUACAUUACGCCGAGGAGUUAACUAAUCCCCCCCCCACCAGAAGCGUUGGUGCAGGGGGGGGGGUCGGGCAGUGAUAUGGGUCACUCCAGCGCCUGCGGGCUGCGACUAUUGUAACCAUUUUUAUGCCUUUCAAUGCCGUGGAGGGCGAUAGAACUCCCUGAAAAGGACCGAAAUGAAAACCAGACCUAUCUAAGUAAUCUACACACGAUCACGGUGAUGUGGGUCGGAGACAUGUGCACCGAGCCGCUGUCACGUCAUUAACCCGAACACCGCAUCUGUUCCGCUCCGCAUUCAGUGUGAAUCUGUGUCAUGUCACAACACUAAUAAGUAUUACAGAAGCCUGCAAACUGCAUUGUGCAGGCCUCAAAUAAUUGUUCGACAUUUAUUUUAUUACCUUCUUCUACAGUAACAGCAUAAUAAUAAUAAUAGUAUUACUAAAGGUACUGUAGUGUUACAGUACUAUUAUCAUCAUUGGUAGGUAUUCGUCUUUUGAAUCCCCGUAGACCGAAAUGAAGAUUCGUGACCCAUCAUUAAACAUUGCUAUAGCUAUGCUAUACGGAGACCGGGGCAAAGUGAAGUGAACGAAGAACGCGCGCGCGGUUCGAGCGGAUGAGGGCUACCACCGCACUGACGGUGUACCUACACCUGACGCGGAAGGGGUAUGAGAGGAUCGGGGCAUCCAACUGGUUCCCCGGGUGGCUGCGCAUCUGAGCGGUCGUGUGGACGGGGUGUGACGCAGUACAGCGUCUGUGAUUAGGCCAUUAAGCGGUGAUUGUGUUAUUGACUUUCACAACUGGCGCCAACUCAAGUUAUUGUUUGCCAAUUAUAGUUCUCUUCGCGGUCGUUCGAAAGAGCCACAGCUAAGUUUCCGGCCCGUUGCCAUUGUUCUGUGAUAAAUGGAAAAAUACUUCGUCCCGGGUGUCGCACCAUUUUUAUCACUUUUAACUAUUAUUUUAUUCCAUAACCAACGCCAUACUUGUCUUUGUGUAUAUAUCUCGGCCUCGCUCGGAUCACGGUCCAAUAAAUCGCUUUAGUUCUUAUUAUUCCUCUCUCACUCUGAACCGACGAACAGAAACAGAACAUGGCGCGGUCGGUGUUGUGAUUAAGUGAUUGAGUUUUAUAAUCUAUAGACAUGAGUGAUUUCGAUAAACUGUCGGCGCUGCUGCUCCAGCAGGCGGAGCUGUCCGCCCAGCGCGAGGAGCGUCUGGCGGCCAUGAUGGAGAGGCUGAUGACCCGCCAGCUCUCCACGGCCGCUGUGACGGACAGAACAGGGGUGUGGACGGGUCUCAGCGUCCAGGAGUCCACUUACCGCGUGAUGCGGCGUGACAGUGGGCCAGACCUGGUAUCCUCGACAGCAAUAAGAACGUUUCAAGCCUCCGGUGACUCGACCUUUUCAUACACGUUCGUGUACCGAUUCAGAAGCUUGUACACGCGAUCACGACGUCUAUUAAUUAGACUGAGCAUGUGCAGUGCGAAACGUCUGUUGUCAUGUGCCUUUCCAUGCCAUAUAUGAUAUUCUAUGAACUAAUAUCG